AUGGGGCAGGACGACGAAGCGCUCCUGGGCGAGACGCGGGCCGCCGAGGCCGUGUGCGACAUCACGUCCGACGAUGGCCUCUUCGACGAAGCUGCCCGCGAGAGCUGCACGAUCGCGCUCGCCAAGUGCUCUGGCGACAUUGCACUCACGCUUCCGACGAGCUCGCCAGCCAAGAAACAUGCGAAGCAGGGCACGCUUCACGGCGUGUACCUGCCCUGUCUCCAGACCCUUAUUGGUGUCGUCUUCUUCUGCCGCAUGCCAUGGGUCACCGGCCAAGCGGGUGUACCGCUCACGUGCUUUCUCUUUGUCAUGUGCCAGUCCGUGGGCUACUUGACAGCGCUCUCCAUCUGCGCGCUCGUCACAAACGGCAAGAUCGCGGGUGGUGGCGUCUACUACUUGAUUUCGCGCACGAUUGGCAUUGAGACGGGCCUCUCGGUGGGCCUCCUCGUGUUUUGCGGGGCGUCGUUUGCGAUCGCGUUCACGGUGCUUGGCGCCGUCGAGACGCUGGCCAACAUUUUUGAUACGAGCCAGUGGAUCGUGGCGGAUCAUCGCCUCCAAGCGCUCAUUCUCCUGGCCGUCCUCGGCGCCAUUGCCGGUGUUGGUACGUGA